AUGGCGCUCAUCCAGACGAGCUUGAUCUGGGUCGCGUACGCCGUCGCCAUCGUCAUCCUACUGGCCAUCGCCGCCGUCUUCGUCUACAUCUACCAGACCCCUCGCGACCGCGCCGCCUCCGUGACCACCGUAUGCAUCUUCACCGUGAGCGCCCUCUGGGCCACCAUCCUGCUCAUGCCCGUCGACAUUGCCCUCACCUCGUCCACCAACGUUUCCAAGGAAGGCCGUCGCAAGGACUGGGCUACGCCCGACAAGGUUGACGACAUUGUUUACACCCUGAAGAUCGUGUACUAUACUCUGUACUCGCUGGACGCUUUGCUGUGUCUUCUGAUCGUCCCUUUCACCUACUUCUUCUACGAGGAGUACGACGAGGGUGCCGAAGCGGAUGGCACGCAAACCAUUGGCGGCCGCCUUUGGGGCGCCCUCAAGUACACCAUCGCCUUGAUUGUGUUGGUCGUAAUCUUGUUCCUGGUUGGCUUCUUCGUGCCCGUGGCGAAGAGCACCAAGCACUCACACCUAGACUUGGACUAUUUCAAGCAUCUUUUGGCUGAGAAUCAUGGCGAGCGAGCCCUCACCUUCGCAUUGGGUCUUUUGAUCACCAUUGGUACCGUUGUAUACGUUCUCUACACGGCCGCCGGCCUUGCGCUACUGCCUGCAGUCAUGAUCAAGUCUGCUCCAUCCAUCUCCGCUCCGACAUUGGCCGAAAACACCGCUUCGCAGCUCGAAUCAAACCGUGAGCGUCAGAGACAGCUCGAGCGUCGCAACGAGGGCCGCGAUGAGGGUUUGGAUGCUCGCGAUCGCCGCGAGCUUGAGUCUCUUGUGCGCGAGGAGCGCACUCUCGUCAGGCGGGAGCGUCUCGCGGCUGAGGCCAGCGGCCAGGAGCAAGGUUGGCUGAUGAAGACCUGGAUCAAGAUUGAGGCCAUCUUCAGACCCAUCAAGCUUCUCGGCGGGCUCCUCCUCAUGAUCCUCGCCCUGUUGGUCUUCGUCUCCAUGCUCAUCACUGGCAUCGACAAAGCCAAGAACUCCAUCUGCAAAGCCGGAUGUGGGUACGUGCUUGGUCACAUCAACAUUUUCCAGCCCGUCAACUGGAUCUUCGUCCAGUCAUCGAAGGUUUUCCCCAUCGACUACAUAAUCUUCCUGCUACUUAUUUUGUUCUUGUUCUCCGCAUCGGUCGUUGGAAUCGCCACCGUGGGCAUCCGCUUCCUUUGGAUCACUAUCUUCCGCAUCAGAAAGGGCCACACUAGCCCCCAAGCUCUUCUCCUGGCGACUGUCCUCCUGACGCUGAUGGUUCUGGCCAUCAACUAUUCCGUUGCUAUGAUGAUUGCGCCGCAAUAUGCCACUUUUGGCCCUCAGACCUAUUGCGACCGUCCUGCCCAGCACCCAGGCGAGCAGCCGGAUUGCUCGCAACACAAGAGUGCCAUCAAGCCAUGCACUGAGCUCGCGGAGAACCCUGUGGCGAAGGAUGUCUGUACUCCUAGCGUGGCCACUACUUUCAUCAACCGCGUGACGGUAAACUUCCCAUUCUUUGGCGUGGUCGACUUCUGGGCCCAAUUUGCUUUCCUUGCGGUCUACCUGAUCGUCUUCAUCACCAUGUUGUUCCGUACUCCGAGACUCGACGAAGCUCAGCUUGAUGCCGAUCUCGAGGAAGAGGAAGAGGAAGGACUGCUGUCCAGCACUGGUAGCCGCUUCAACGCUACGUGGCAAGACAUCACCGGCCGUUCCAAGGCCAGAGCGGCGACUUACGGUGCGACCGACAAUGGGGGCCAAUCCGAGGGAAGGGACACCAAUUGGUGA